UCUUUCAAAAUCACUUCCUCAUAACAAAAAAGCUAAACAAAAAAUGUCUUAUCUAAGAAACAUUCCUAUUUUUUCCAUCUUUUUCUUGCUUUUGGCUUCACAAACCAAAGCAAACUCCAACUCAAAUCUUCUUGAAAAAGCAUGCACAAUUUCUAAACCAAAUUGGGAUUUUGACUUUUGCAUAAAACUACUAAAUUCUGAUCCAAAAAUCUCAUCUACACAAACUCCAUUUGAUUUAGCCAUAGCCAUUAUUCAAGCAGGAAAUUCCCAUGCAUCAAAAACUCAAGACUACAUAAAUCAAAAGUAUAGUCAUGAAAGAACCACAAGCCCUGUUGUUUCUUCAGCAUUGAGUGUGUGUAGCAAAUGGUAUGGUGGUGUUGUUGGUGAAUUUGUAGCUGCUUUAGAUGAUGUUCAAAAGAAGAAGUUUCAAUCAGCUAGUGAUAAUGUUGAAUCAGCUAAUGAUUAUGCAAUGAAUUGUGAAGAGGCUUUUGCUUCAAGAAAUGUUCAAGAAAAUGAAAUAUCAAAGGGUGACAAUCUUGUUAUGUAUUUCAGUUUAUCUGCUCGAGUGGUUAUCAAUGUUCUUGGAGAAACACCUAAUUAUACCAUAUUUUGAUCUUUUGGUUUGUUCUACUUUAGUACUUAUGUAGCAAUAAAUAAUAUAUCCUAGCUUAUUUAAGUUAAACAAUCAAAAUCUAUAUGUUGAUUUGAUUUUGUUGUUC